UUAUAAGCUAAGUUUAGCAUGUAAAUAUUGAUAUGUGAAUGUCAAAAUUUCAUUUUCUUAUCUCGUGGUUGCCGUUGAAAUGAAAAUAACUGAGAAAUUAUGCGUCAGAAUCAGACAUCGCUACCUGCUCGUACUGAUGAUGAUGACCGGUAUGAUGCUGACCACCAUGAACUGCCUCACUUUCUCGCUCCUGUUGGACAAACUCAUGUACAAGAAGCGACAUCACAGUAGGGAUGAAAUCGUCUGUCCCCAAGUGGUCAGCACUGAUCACCAUCCUACAGGCUAUGAAGAAUUCGACUGGGGGAAGGAGCUGCAGCUGUAUAUCGUGGCGGCGUGGUCUGUAGGCUACGUGAUGGGCAGGUUCCCGACUGGACUCCUCGCGAACAAACUGGGAGCCAAGAGUCUGUACGGUUAUUCCGUCUUCAUCACGGGGAUCUGCGCCCUGCUGACGCCCUUGUGUGCGCGUUCCAGUCCCUACAUCAUCUUGGCUAACCGUGUAUGCAGUGGAAUCUUCGCGAGUGCACUGUACCCUUGCAUAGCGUGGUUUGCGGCGCACUGGUUCCCUGGGCGAGAAAUGGGCUUCAUGAUAAGCCUCACUGUGGCCGGCUUCCCGUUAGGCUGCAUGGUUACGUUUCCCUUCUCUCAUAAGAUGUACCAUAUCUUCAACAAAUGGGCGACUGCCUACUAUGCGAUGGGAGGGAUGACAAUAAUCUGGGCAUACCUUUGGCAGGCGUACAUCUGGGACUACCCGUUCAACCACCCCCGCAUCUCCCGGGGCGAACUGGAGUUCCUGGCCGACGGGAUACACAUGUAUGCGUACGACACUGAAGUACGCUGUGAUAAGAAACUGGACGUAUCUUGUGGCAGACAGGUAAGUGAUGGAGCAGGCCCGCAAUUAAGCGGCAGGGCAGUGGCAAUGGUGGCUGCGGAAGAUGAAGGAGUGUCGGAGGCCAGGUGUUGCUGUUGCAGCUACACUUUAAUGAGGAGUGGUGAGCCAGGCACCCACACCGCCACUAAUGGUGUGCUAUGGUGUUGUUAUGGAGCAUUGUCUCUGGAAGCACUAUAUAUCAGCCAUAACAAGGGCGCCUUCACUGAAAUAUGA